AUGGUCAACCUCAACUCCGUCCCGCCCAAGCACGGCCGCAACUUCUACCUCGCGCUCGGGCUCGAGGGCUCCGCCAACAAGCUUGGCGUCGGCGUCGUCAAGCACCCGGUGCUCGCGCACCACGCCGACUCAGACCUCUCGCACGACUGCCACGCCCAGAUCCUCUCGAAUAUCCGGGACACGUACAUCACGCCGCCCGGCGAGGGCUUCCUGCCCCGCGACACGGCCCGCCACCACCGCAACUGGGUGGUGCGUCUCGCGCGGCGCGCGCUCGACGCGGCCGGGCUGCGCGACCCCAGUGAGCUCGAUGUGAUCUGCUUCACGCGCGGGCCCGGCAUGGGGGCGCCCCUCCACUCCGUCGCCGUGUUCGCCCGCACGCUCUCCCUGCUGUGGCGCGUCCCGCUCGUCCCCGUCAACCACUGCGUCGGCCACAUCGAGAUGGGCCGCGAGAUCACCAAGGCCGAAAACCCGGUCGUGCUCUACGUCAGCGGCGGCAACACCCAGGUCAUCGCCUACUCCGAGAACCGCUACCGCAUCUUCGGCGAAACCCUCGACAUCGCCAUCGGCAACUGUCUCGACCGCUUCGCGCGCACCCUGAGGAUACCCAACGAGCCCUCCCCGGGCUACAACAUCGAGCAGCUUGCCAAGAACGCCCCGCACAAGGACUCCCUCGUCGAGCUUCCCUACACCGUCAAGGGCAUGGACCUGUCCAUGAGCGGAAUCCUCGGCUACGUCGACGGCCUGGCCAAGGACCUUUUCAGCCAAAAUACCAAAAACAAGAUUCUGUUCGACCCGCAAACCGGCGAACAAAAGGUCACCGUAGAAGACCUAUGCUACUCUCUGCAGGAAAACCUGUUUGCCAUGCUUGUCGAGAUCACCGAGCGCGCCAUGGCACACGUGGCUUCCAACCAGGUGCUGAUUGUCGGCGGGGUCGGUUGCAACGUUCGGCUCCAGGAGAUGAUGGCGUCCAUGUGUCGCGACCGUUCCAACGGCCAGGUUCACGCCACUGACGAGCGGUUUUGUAUCGACAAUGGCGUCAUGAUCGCUCAGGCAGGAUUGCUGCAGUACCGGAUGGGCAACGUGGUCAAGGACCUGGCCGAGACCGUUGUCACCCAGAAAUUUAGAACCGACGAGGUCUACGUCGCCUGGAGAGACUAA